AUGAAAGCAUUUUGCUGGUCGAUUUUCUUUGUUAUAAUGCUUUUAACAACAAUCGAUGGUACAGAUUAUGAUCAGAUAACGAUUCUUUCGAUUUCAAGUGGCACUUCAGGUGGUCUUUGUCGCGGUUAUUGUAUUACGUCCAUUAAUAUAACAAAAAUUCCAAUGAAAAUAGUUGCUUUGAAAGAAGCAUAUGAUCCUGGAACUGAAUAUCCGACUGUAACAAAGCAGUAUUCAUAUUCAUUGAAUCAAUGGGAGAAAUUAAUUAACCUUGUUAAUCCAAAAGAAUUUCUUGCUUUACCUGAUUAUGUGAAAAGCCCGUACCGGAUUCAUGAUUCCCCAAAGAAAUGGAUUCAAAUCAAUUGGCAAAAUAAAGAGAAACGCGUGUCAUUUCAAAGCCAAGACAUUAUUCCAGGCUUUGAAGAACUCAUUGAACAACUACGAAGUGUUAUUCAACAAUAUCUUUCUGAUGAUUCAUUACAAUCUAAAUCAAUUAUAUUGAACAAUUAUUCUAAAUUUACAUUAAUUCUAUAUUUUCUUUUGAAUAACAUACUUCUAUAA